AUGUGCUAUUCUCUCCCACCAUCUCCACCAUCUUACGUGAUGGCUCCAAUGAUACGAAUGGCUCCGGCACCCCCACCACCUCCAAUGCCUCCGAUGGUAUUCCAAAUGUCCCCGUCCCCUCAAAUGUCCCCACAAAUGUCCCCACAGAUGUCCCAACAAAGGAAUUACCCCCAACUCCAAAUGAUGGCUUCUCAGACUCCAUCUAUGGCUCCUCUGCCGCCUCCGAUGCCUCCGAUCGUUGGAUCCUCCUCAGCGAUCAGUUCAAUACAGAACCUCCUGGAGAAGCAGCAAAAUCAAUAUGAAACUGCACCAGAGACACCACGUUGGGACCGCCAGGAGCCCGAAUAUCAGCAUAUUGAUGAGCAAGUUGUUGCUCCGGACGUUGUGGUGGCGGAUACAGUAGAUGAGAAGAGUACGAGCAGUGAAAAAGUGGAAAAAGUUCAUGAGAAUGAACGAUUGGCGAGGAUGGAUCUGAAAUAUGAGGAACCUGAGCCGGAACCAUUCGACAACGGCACCGUUACAUUCCACGCGUGGUUCCUUCGGAAAAUGUGACUUUUAAUGUUAUUUUUAAUUAUUAUUUAUUGAUUAUUUAUUGAACAAAUUGUAAAUAAAUUGAAUAAAAAUAGGGAAA